AUGGAUAAAACCCUGUGUGAACAGUUUGAUACAUUGAGAAAAUAUAUACCCGAUGAAUUAAACAUAUCUACAAGUAAUGAUAUUCAUAAAUUAGGGAAUGCUAAGAAUUAUUGUCCUAAUGGAGGUUCAGGGGGAACAGAAUGUAAGAAUGAUUUCGAUAAAAUUAAGGCUGGAUGUUUAUGGUUGUUUGAGCAAUUGUUUGUGGAAAAUAACAAAAAUACCAAUACUGUUCAAUACAUUAUCAUAUGGUUAAGUUAUAAACUAAAUCAAAAGACGUAUGACGAAAUCAAGGAUCUAAAUGAUUUUUACACUAAAUGUAUAAAAGAUAAUACGCAUUAUAAUAGUUGUAAACAAGGUGAUGCAGAUUGUAGUAAGAAAUUAGAUGAGAAUACGGGAUAUACAAAUUAUAAGAAAAUCAUAGAUGGAAAAAAGAAUUUGUUGAGUACUAAUAUUAAAAAUAUGUCUAAAAUUUAUGAUGCAUUUAAACUAUUAUGUAACGCGUAUACUGAACUUAAUGCAGACAACACAAUAUCUAAUAAAUCUUUAGAAAAUGCUAAAAAAUUUUUUGAAAAAUAUAAUGAACUUAAUACUUCUGAUAUUGAUGAAAAUAGUCCUUAUUAUCAAGUAUUGUCUACAUUAUCAAGUGAUUAUAAUAAUUUUAAAAGUUAUUGUGAUCGUAAUAACAAUAGUUGUAGCAAUAUUCCAUCUCUUACCCCGACAGAAACAGAAGAAAGUGAUAUGCAAAGUUCUAAAGAGAUUUGUGUUGUUACAUCACCAAGCUUCUCGAUAGUAAAAAAAUUAAUUCUAGCUUUAUUAAUAUUCAGUGCAAUAACAAUCUUUUUGGGAAUUUUUUUUAAGUGUUCGUUAUUUAUAUUACGGAAAAGAGCUCAAAAAGAAUAUUUAAGAGAAAAGCUAAAAAAAUAA